AUGUCACGGAAGCCCUUCAGCUCCCGCCUUGAGGCAUCAUCUUAUCAUGCACCCGGAGGCGGCCCAGCCUACACAGCGUUGCGCGAGAAACUAGUCAAACAAAUCAUCGAACAAGGCUACGAUGCCGACACCAUGCUUGAGCACGGCGUGGUAUGGGCGGAUGACCAAGACCCUUUCGGGCACGUCAUGGGCGUCGCCUACUCCCGAUUCGCAGCAGCCUGCAACUUCCGCGUGGUCGAGAGCUUCGAGGCACAGCUGGGCGACAAGGUGGACGAUUUCAUCAACGCGAAGAAUGUCGGGAUGAUCGUCAAGGAGUACACGGUGGACAUGAAGAGACAAGUCUCGUAUCCUGACUCGAUCAUUUGUGCCAUCCGUUAUGGCGAGAUGAGACCUGACCGCUACUUCAUCACCACGACGAUGUGGUCGUUGAGGCAGCAGGCCCCGGUUGCUACGACAGAGGGGUGGGUUGUGUUCUUUGACUACCGCAAAGGAAAAGUUGCGAAUCUUGUGGAACUCGGGGGCGUAUACAAAGAUCUGUACGAGGCCCUCAGUGCCAAGUGCGAGAAGAUGAAGGAGGCAUCCGCGGCCUGGAAGAAAGCACACCCGCCGAAGAAGAAGCAGCAGAAGCUGUAG